AUGUCUUCAUUACCAUCCACAUCCAGCAAUUCUUCGCCAUCAUCCUCAAACUCACAUUCUGCUUAUAUCAAUGGAAAUGCAUAUGUAGAUGAGAUUAUUUACACUUCGCAGCGCGAUAACAAAUUGUCUCAUGGCACUCUACAAUGGAUUCCAUAUGAUGAAUUGGAAGGCGUAAAAGAACUUGCCAAGAAUGACUAUUCAAGCGUAUCGGUUGCAAAAUGGAUAAAGAAAAAGAAGCAAGGAGUGUUUAAAAAAAUGAGCGGAGGAAAAGCACAAAACGAAGUCGUUGUUUCCGUUAAAACUCUGUUCAACUCAAAAUUCGUGUCUAAAGAAUUCAUCGAAGAGUUCAAACGCCAUUUUGACAAUGAUACAUCCGCAGCAAAGACCUCCUCCAUAUACGGGUUUACUCGAACGCCCUCGUCAGACCUCGCUAUAAUUGCCACCUACUAUCCUUCCAAUCUCUAUGCAUACCUCUCAUCACACACCUUGACACCUCUUCACAAACUCCGUCUUUUACACACCAUUGCUACCAGACUCUCCACGUUGCACAACUCAAAUCUCUCCCACCGUGCUGUGCACGGAGGAAAUGUGCUUGUUGACGAAGGGAAUAAUGAAGAAAACGAGACAUGUUCUGCAGAGCUAGUUGAUUUCGGAAUACCCUGGACGGACGGUGGAGUAUUCGGUGUGCCGGAAUAUGUAGAUCCAAGUGUUAUCGUUGGAGGAUCGAACGCUUGGGAUCAAGCUGAUGUAUUCGCUUUCGGCAUCAUCAUGUGGGAAGUAGCUUACGGGCGCUUUUUCUCUGAUGAAGUCGGAAAAGUUAUUCACAAGCCAUUUAUAAAAGAGUCGCACAACAAUGCCGGCACGAGCAGUACCGCCACCAAUUCCUUCCAUCGGUCGAUAUAUUCUCAUCUAAUCGCGCUGAUUGACGAUACGAUUCCUCCGCUGUAUGCAAGUUUGAUCCGCAGAUGCUGGCAUCCAUUGUCGUCUCGACGACCUAGUUCUGAAGAAUUGGCGAAAACUUUAAACGUGUUCGUCAAGUCUCUUGAAUCACGUGACUCUUACCCGGAGAUCAGAAGUCAGUUUGAUGAAAAUUGGAACCAAGGGCAGGUGAAAAGUGAGGCAUUUGCUAACGGGUGGAAUGGCUCCAAGCGAAAAACGUUUAUAUCGAUCGAAAAAUGGGACGGAUGGAGCGAGAUUGUGAAAAAGUGGGAAGAGGAGGAAGCGUACAGCAAGUCACGCAACAGUGAAGAAAUAACCGCGUCAUGUACCUCGAAAGAUGAUGAAACUGAUGAUGCUGACACGAUAAACGGCGGACAAGAGUUGAUGUCUGAUGAUAAUCUGUCGAGGGUUGAGCAUGGUGGCGAUUCGGAUGAAGAACACAAUAAAGUCACGGGACGGGAUAUUCAUGUGACGCUCUCAUUAGAUGCCCAAUCAUCAAAACUCACGUCAGCUGCGGAUAACGUAGAUGCUGGUUCAUCAACAUCAAAUUCGCAAUCUUCAGCUGUCCCUACGAAUGAUGACACCAAAACAAGUAGUGCGUUGUCCGACGCAGAUAAUGUCCAACAAGAGACCGAGAUUUCGAAGGGUGAUGCGAAUUUUGCGACUGGCGAUUGGGUAGAUGUGAAUGCUGAGCUGAAGAAUAUGCAAACUGAAGGAGUCACAGACGAUCAAAUGAAGAAAGCUUAUAAAGGAAAGACUAAGCACAAAAGGACGCCAAAUGCUUCCAAGUCCGAGGGAUCUCAUUCUGGCUUCUCAUCACCGGCCGCAUCAAUAUCUCGACUGCUAAGUCAUUCGGUAUCAUCAAUUGAUCUUAAACGUAAUGCGAACGAGGGCAAAGCGAGUAAAAGUAAGACUGUGAAGCUGAAAGAUGCUGAUGAUACAUCUCACGAUUCGGCAGAAAAUGAAUCUGGUGGUAAAGUAUUGAGUUAUACAUAUAUUCCAUUGUGCUGGUUUGCUUCUUUUCCCCCCAAUAACACUCACGAUUAUUUCGUAGAUUCGUCAAACGCUAAACAAGUCAAGCGAC